CAAGAAGAAACAGAAGGAGAAGAAAAGGAAAAGGGAAGAGGAUGCAGCAGAACAACUUGAUAUUGUUGGAAACUGGUGGGCUAUCAGUAAUUUUGGUGAAAUUACAGGAACUAUAGCCAUUGAAAUGGGAAAAGGAGCUUAUAUCCACGCCCUUGACAACGGCUUGUUUACGCUUGGAGCACCACAUAAAGAUGAUGAAGGCCCUAGUCCUCCUGAACAAUUUACAGCUGUAAAGUUGUCUGAUACAAGGAUCGCUCUGAAGUCUGGUUAUGGCAAAUACCUUGGUAUAAAUUCUGACGGGCUUGUUAUUGGACGUUCAGAUGCAAUAGGAUCAAGGGAGCAAUGGGAGCCUGUCUUCCAAGACAAGAAGAUGGCAUUACUGGCCGCAAACAGCCGGUUUAUUAGAUGUAAUGAAGAGGGAGAUAUAGAAGCCAAAAGCAAAACUGCAGGGGAAGAAGAAAUGAUAAAGAUUCGUACUUGUGCUGAAAGAGAAGCUAAGAAGAAAGAUGAUGUUCCACAAGAAGACAAAGGAAACGUUAAACAGUGUGAAAUCAAUUACGUAAAGAAAUUCCAAAGUUUUCAAGACAAAAAGCUUAAAAUAAGCAAAGAAGAUACAAAAGCCCUCAGAAAAGCCAGGAAAGAAGGCACUUUUCAUGAAAUGCUGCUCGACAGGAGAGCAAAAGUGAAAGCGGAUAGAUACUGCAAGUGACAACCAGCUGGUCCAUUUUCUUCUGCAUCUUUGAAAACAAGAGCAAAAUGUUUUGUAAUUAUUUUU